AUACAUAGUGACAUAACAUAACACUAUGUAUUCAUGCAAGUUGAAUGGGAAUGAAAUAGUAAUUGGUAAAUGUGUAUUUUGGGCGUUGACCGCUAGUUAAUUACAGUAUAUCAACAUGUGGAUCUGGAUUUUAUUAAUGUUUGCUUGCGGAAACGCAGAGUUUUGGAAUGGACUGGAUAAUAAUCAAACUGGAUUUGGCUUAAGAAAUUCUAGAAAUCCAAAUGACAAUAUUAUAAUAAAAGAAGCUACCUACUUUGUGGUUGCAUCUCGAAUGGUUAGGCCAGGACAGAUUUACCGAUUAGAUGUAAAUGUUUUAUAUAGUGUAUUACCAAUGAUGGUACGUGCAUCCAUUCAAAGGAAUGGAGUAGAAAUAGCUGCAAAUUUUCAAGAAGUAAAAGAAGGCAUUCCAGAAACAUUAAUGAUGAGAUUACCACCUACAUCUGUCAAUGGAGAAUAUAAAUUAAGAGUGGAAGGAACAUAUAAUAGUUUAACUGGUGGUCAAGCAUUUUUAAAUGAGACCAAACUUAUAUUUUCUCAACGAUCAAUGACAAUUUUUAUUCAGUUGGACAAACCAGUAUAUAUGCAAAAAGAAACUGUGAGAUUUAGAACUAUACCAAUAGAUACUGAACUCAAAGCAUUCAAUAAUCCUACAGAUAUAUAUAUGUUAGAUCCAUAUAGAAGAGUAAUGAAACGAUGGUUAAGUAGACAAAGUAAUUUAGGAACAGUAUCCUUAUCAUAUCAACUUUCUGAUCAGCCAGUUUUUGGAGAAUGGAUUAUACAAGUAAUAGCACAAAAUCAAAUAGAAGAGAAAACUUUCCUAGUUGAAGAAUAUUAUCAAACACGUUUUGAAGUUAAUGUUACAAUGCCAGCAUUUUUUUUUGAUAAUGAUCAAUAUGUACAUGGCAUAGUUCAAGCAAAUUAUACUAGUGGUGCACCAGUAAGAGGAAAUUUAACUUUAAAAGCACGUGUCAGAUCAUUAGAUAGAGCAUAUACAGAAUCUACUUCUGAACCUGUAGAAAGAUAUUUUUAUUUUGAUGAAUAUUAUCCUGCAUGGUUGAAAGUAUCAAAUUAUUUAGAAAAUAAGAUUCCUGUAUUAAGAUUUUUUAAUGGAACUUAUCAUUUUCGAUAUCCAAUGUCAGAAUUAUUAAAUUAUGUUCCAACUGCAAAUGGAGUAGAAAUUACUGUAACUGCAACAGUUGGCGAAAGAUUCUUAGAUGAAAUAAUCUCAGGUUACUCUAUGGCUCGAAUUUUUAAUUCCACUACAAAGAUACGAUUUUUAGGUGGAUCACCGCAAGUUUUCAAACCAACAAUGCCAUUUACUUUAAAUUUAGUAGCGUCAUUCCACGAUGAUUCGGCAUUGAGACCAACACAAUUAAAAGGAGCUGUAAUGGAAAUUCGGGCAGAUAUCGAAAUGAGAGCAGGCGGCCACAGAACGCUAGAAACUCAAUAUUUAAAACAUUUGCAGGAUAAUGAAGGCAUUUGGUCUACAAGAAUUGAUUUAAGAAAACAACUUGGACUUGAUCAUAAUGUAGAUCAAGCACAACAAAUACUCAAUGAUAUCUCUUCUAUGAAAGUUUUUGCUUAUCUAACUGAUGGAGAAGGAUUUAGAACGCAAACUGAAUUAUUGUUAUUGGCACAUGAAUCACCAAAUCAACAACAUAUAAAAAUUUCAACAUCAACAGAGAAACCUAAAGUUGGGGAAUACAUUAUAUUUCAUGUUCAAACAAAUUUUUAUAUUGAUACUUUUAAUUAUCUCAUUAUGGCAAAAGGAAUUAUACUUUUAACGGGACAAAAUAUUAUGGAAAACAAUAUAAAAACAUUUGCUGUUCCUCUAAGUGCAGAAAUGGCACCUGUUGCAACAGCAGUUGUAUAUCAUAUUGGGCAAUAUGGUAAUGUAGUAGCUGACUCUUUAACUUUUUCUGUAAAUGGUAUUUCACGCAAUAACUUUACCGUAUUUAUUAAUAAUAAAAAAGCUAGAACAGGCGAAAAUGUUGAAAUAGCUAUUUAUGGAGAACCAGGAGCAUAUGUCGGUCUUUCAGGUAUAGAUAGAUCAUUUUUUACCAUGCAAGCUGGAAAUGAAUUAACAUAUGCUAAUGUUAUAUCAAAAAUGGCACAUUUUGAUGAAGAUACAAAUGGAACUCAUUCCCAUACUUGGAUAUAUCACGAAGGUGAUCCAGAUGAAAGUUACUUUCCAUCAUCAACUUUUGGUAUAGAUGCCAAUAGAACAUUUGAAUAUGUAGGAUUAAUAGUUUUCACAGAUGCUUUCAUUUAUCGAAGACCUGAUAACUGUAAUGUAACUCAAGGAUAUGGAGAAUGUCUCUCUGGAAGAUGUUAUAUAUUAGAUAAAAAAUGUGAUGGAGUAUAUGAUUGCGAUGAUGGUACUGAUGAAGCAGCUUGCGAAUUUAAAAAUGCGACCGAUAUUGCAUUAUUUAGAAAAUGGCGAUUUAACAGAUUAAAAAGACAAUAUGAAAAUGUUUGGUUAUGGAAGGAUAUUAAUAUAGGACCUCAUGGUAGACAUAUCUUCAAUAUAGAUGUGCCAAGAAGACCAGUCCAUUGGAUGGUUAUGGCGUUUAGUAUGUCUCCAAGUAUGGGUUUUGGUAUGUUACCAAAAGCCAUUGGAUAUAUGGGAGUCUUACCAUUUUACAUUAAUGUUGAAAUGCCUACUCAUAGUAAACAAGGGGAACAAAUUGGUAUCCGUGUUUCUGUUUUCAAUUACUUAUGUCAUAAUAUAGAAGCUGUAGUAGUUCUAGCUGAUUCCAAAGACUAUAAAUUCGUUCACGUUGAAGAUAAUGGUAUUGUACAAUCAUAUAAACCACGUACAUCUUUUGGUGAACAUCAAUUCUUUAUUUGGAUUCCUGCUCAGGAUGCUGCCAUUGUUUAUUUACCUAUUGUACCAACAAGACUUGGAGAUAUCAAAGUACAUAUCUAUGCUACUACUGUAAUUGGAAGAGAUUCAGUUACGCGUAAUUUGCACGUAGAAGCUGAUGGUCUUCCUCAAUAUAGACAUCAGUCUAUUUUACUUGAUCUUAGUAAUCGCGCCUAUGUAUUUCAAUAUAUGCAUGUCAACAUUACAGAAACACCUAUUAUACCAUAUGACGAAAAUCGUUACUAUGUAUUUGGAUCAAAUAAGGCAGUGAUAAGUUUAGUUGGAGAUGUCGUUGGUCCGAUUUUCCCGACUAUGCCUGUUAAUGCUACAAGUCUCAUGAAUCUUCCUAUGGAUUCUGCAGAACAAAAUAUGUUUAGUUUUGCCGCUAAUUUGUACACAACUUUAUAUAUGCGUUUAGUUAAUCAACGUAAUAGAACGCAAGAGAAAGAAAGUUUUUAUUAUAUGAAUAUUGGCUAUCAAAGACAACUUUCUUUUAUGAAUCCUGAUGGAUCUUUUAGCUUAUUUCGUAGUGAUUGGAAUCAAUCUUCACCAAGUGUUUGGUUAACAGCAUAUUGUGCUCGUGUUUUACAAGAAGCACGCUUUUAUGAAUGGGAGAAUUAUCUUUAUAUUGAUCCCGAAGUAAUAGCUCAAGCAGUGUCUUGGUUAUUGAAAUAUCAAACACCUGAAGGAUCAUUCUAUGAAGUUACGUGGUUACCCGAUCGUAAAAUGAACAGCUCUCUAAAUUAUGAUUAUGAUAUAAUAACUCAUAGGAAUAUCAGCCUUACAGCUCAUGUUCUAAUCACAUUACAAAGUGUGAAGGAUUUACCUGAAGGACUGGGAACACAAGUUGCUGUAAGUGCUGUAGGUGCAGUGAAAUGGUUAGAAAGAAAUUUAAAAUUAUUGGAGGAACGUGGAAAACCUUACGAAAUAGCGAUAGUAUCAUAUGCUUUAUUAUUGGCAAAAGCUUCUACUGCAGGACAAGCAUUUAAUAUAUUAGCUAGACAUGCUCGUAGAGAAGGAGGAUUAACAUAUUGGGGCAGAGAACAAGUGCCUCUUCCACCUUAUAAGUUAGAAAAUCAAAAACCAUUUCUUCUACCACGUUUACCAUAUAUGUAUGAUUCAGAAAACAUCGAAACCACUGCCUAUGCUCUUCUGGUGCAUGUUGCUCGACAAGAAAUAAUGAUAGAGCCUAUAGUAAAAUGGUUGAAUGCUCAAAGACUGACAGAUGGUGGUUGGGCUUCUACGCAAGAUACCGCGUGGGCGAUGAAAGCAUUAAUGGAUUAUACAGUCAGAUCAAGAAUUCGAGAUGUUAGUUCAUUAACUGUUACUGUCGAAGCUACAGCUCUUCCAGGACAGACUAAGACAUUGUUUGUCAAUGAUAAUAAUCUUGCAAGGCUUCAAACUAUUGAAAUACCAGAAGCUUGGGGAACAGUAAGAGUACAAGCAAAAGGUGCUGGAUAUGCAAUUCUGCAAAUGUCUGUUCAGUAUAAUGUAGAUAUUGCGAAAUUCCAAACACAACCACCUAUAAGAUCUUUUGAUCUAAUGACCAGAGCAAAUUUCCAUGGCAGAAAUCAAUCUCAUAUUUCAUAUCUCAGUUGUCAAAAAUGGAUAAAUACAAAUGAAUCUUCGCGUUCUGGUAUGGCAGUCUUGGAUGUAACUAUUCCAACAGGAUAUAUAAUUCAACAACAAACUUUGGAUACAUAUAUCAGAUCAAAACAAGUGAGAAAUCUUCAAAGAGCACGAUUCCAGGAAAAGAAAGUUCUCUUUUAUUUCGAUUAUUUGGAUCAAGAAGAAACGUGCGUGAAUUUUACUAUAGAAAGAUGGUUUCCAGUUGCAAAUAUGUCACGAUAUCUUCCUAUCAGAGUUUAUGAUUAUUAUGCUCCAGAACGUUUUAAUGAAACUAUAUUUGAUGCUCUGCCUACUUAUACACUAAAUAUUUGCGAAGUUUGUGGAAGUUCUCAAUGUCCUUACUGCCCGAUUUAUAAUACUGCAACGAUGUUAGCUACAACAUCAGGUUUUCUAUAUAUUGUUUCUCUUUUAGUUGUUGUAAUGAGAUAUUUUCGCACACAAGAAUUUAGUAUAAGUUAAUUUUGAUAUUUAACAGGUGAUAAUUUGAUAAAA